GCCACCUAUUUCCUCUUCCUUCAUCCGAACCGCCCACGUGUGCCGGUCCUCAUCCGACUCAUCAUUGCGUUUUCGUCUCGCAACUGAACCGGCCGCUUCAUCAUCAUCACGUGGCAACAAUCAAACAUCCUAUUCAUCAUUCAACGGCUAAUAUUCUUCGCGGUCCCAAUGAGUUGUUUAAUAAUCAACUCACUCCUUCCUUUAUUUUUGAACCUAAUUAUGCAAAAUAUCUCACCAUAAUCUUUGCAAUGUAUUUAUCGUCUUUACAUAAAAAUGAUCGAUAAUCUCAAAAGUAUGUCCCCGGCAACCGAAAAAGGUUGCAGAUUAGCGGCGUUAAUGGAGCCCAGUGGACUAGCAGACGUAGAUUUGAAUGAGAAGCGGCAAAAUUUAACUCGACGAAAGAGAUUAAAUGUACGUCGGUUGAACCUGUUGUGCAGUACGCCGUAUUACAAGAAGAAAAAAACAGAUAACAUUAAUACAGUAACUGAUGGUUUCGUUACUGAUAAUCAAGUUCAACUGGGGACAUCAAGUGAAGUGAUCAAAAAAGUAAGGGAGAGGUUGGUCACGUGCUGGUCACAUGGGUCGAUAUCGUUGAUAGGUCGAAGACGGGAAAUGGAAGAUGCAGUGGCAGUGAAGCUAGGGUUACUGACAAAAGGUAGUAAAAAGUAUGAUUAUUUUGGAGUUUAUGAUGGGCAUGGAGGGUCACGUGUAGCGCACGCGUGUCGUGAUUUUUUGCACCGUUUGGUUAUACAGCAAGUUAUGGAAGAAGAUAAUGAUGAUGAUGAGGAGGAGAAUAGUAUUAUUAAUUGGGAGAAAGUGAUGAAGGAGAGUUUUCGUAAGAUGGACGAAGAGGUGAGCGAGGAAGCUGGAGAAAUGGCGACGAUGGGAUCAACGGCGGUGGUAGCGGUGGUGGGACAAGAGGAAGUUAUUGUUGCAAAUUGUGGGGAUUCAAGAGCUGUUCUUUCACGUGCUGGAGUUGCAGUGCCUUUGUCUACUGAUCAUAAGCCUGACAGACCUGAUGAGCUGGAUAGAAUUGAAAAUUCAGGUGGGAAAGUCAUAAAUUGGAAUGGACAAAGGGUAUUAGGAGUUCUUGCUACUUCAAGAUCCAUAGGUGAUAUGUACCUCAAACCAUACGUGAUACCAGAUCCUGAAGUGAUGGUGAGCAAAAUAAGUGAUGCAGAUGAGUUCUUAGUACUUGCAAGUGAUGGUUUAUGGGAUGUUAUUCCAAAUGAUGUUGCGUGUGACGUUACAAGAAGAUGCUUGAAUGGUCAAAUGAGGAGGUUCUCCCAACAGAGAAAAUCCCAUAAUGUAGAUGCAAGAGAUGAGCAAUCAAGUGAAGUGGUGAAAGAAAGUCUCGCCGCACAGGCAGCUUCGUUCCUUGCAGAAUUAGCAAUUGCUCGGGGUAGUAGGGAUAACAUCAGUGUAAUUGUCAUUGAGUUGAACAGGUCUGUAUGCUCAACUAAUGAGUGAGCCAGGCUAACGAGACGGAACAACGUUUAUGUCCACCAUCUUUGCAGUAUAACGGGGUAUCCCUUUUUGUGUUCUUUUGCUAGUCUGCAGCUAUUUAUGGCAUCACUUGCGUACCUUAGCUGCCUGCGAGCUUGCACCAUUCCUUUCUCUUUGUAAGGUUUAUGGUUGUAUAGAUUGACAUUGCCAUGGUGGUCAUUCGCAUUUGAAUGAUUAUAUUGUAAGAAA